GCGUUACAGAUAUUUUUAUCAUAUUCAUAAUUAUAUAUAAAGAAUAAUAUGUAAAUUAAAGGUGCUAAAAGCAAUAUUGUUAAUGUUUAAGUUGAAUCACAAUAUAAUAUAAUUUUGUAAUAAUUAAAAAGAUUUCAAAUCUCUGUUGUUUAUGAGUUUGCGCAGUAGAAUAUAAUUUCUAACCUAUAAUACAUACUUUUUAGUUUCGGAAAGUUAGAAACGUGUCGCUGUUUUGUGUAAAUCCAUUUUAUUUAGUUCACUGUGCUACACGUGUUUUUUGAGAAAUAUGCAGUUAAAAAUGUCAAAACCAUUUGACGUGACUCUUGUCAAACGACUACUACAACAAGAAAAUCAAUUUAUCACGAAUAUAUUUUCAAAAACACCGUUACCUGUAUCGAAACUAGUUUCAGAUGAAAACAGUGAAUUAGUAACACAUAAUACAGAUGUUAAGUCAAAAGCUAAAGUUUUCCCAAAUUCUGUUGGGAAAGCAAAGAGAGCAAAUACAUUUGAAGAACUACAUGCUAAACUUCAAGGAUUGAAAAAUGUGAAAAGGUUAGGCUACAAAGAUAAACAAUUAAAGAAAAAUUUAAAAAAUAAAAUGAAGAAAAUUUCUAAGAGAGAAGAACGUGUAAUGCAAAGGAAAUUAGUGAAGACAGAACAGAAUGCAAUUGGAGGAUCUAAAAUUAAAAAUGAAGAUGGUGAAGUACCAAAAAUACCAAGACCAAAACCAAUUUUCAAUUCAGAAGGCAAAAUGGUGUUUAGCAAGUUUGACUUUUCUGAAAUUGGAACUAAAAAGAAGCCACCCAAAAAUGUGAAGGAUCCAAAGAAAAUUUUACUUCAACUGAAACAGAAAAAGGAGAAAUUGAAGGAAUUAGAACAGUCGGGUGAAGCAGAAAAAGCACAAGAAUUAAAAGAGAAACAUGCAUGGAAUUCUGUAUUAGCAAAAGCUAGUGGAGAAAAGGUGAAAGAUGAUCCUGAGUUACUUAAACGAACAAUAAACAGAAUGGAACACAAAAAGAAACAUAGUGCAAAGAAAUGGGAAUCAAGGAUGGAAAGUGUUCAGAAAAAGAUUCGAGAAAGACAGGAGAAACGGCAAGAAAAUAUUAUGAAAAGAAAAAAGGAAAAGAAAAUAAAUAAACUGAAAAAAGCCGCUAAAAAGGGACGAGCGACACCUGGCUUUUAGGAAAUUAGAAAGUCAUUAUGUAAUUUACUCAAUUUUUUGUGUUAUAGCCUUGAAAGUUGUAUGUGUGGGAAAAGUACGAAUGAAUACAUAGUUUACCCGAAUGAAAGUUAUGUAAUGCAGAAGAACUUCAUGAAUGAACAUUAAAUUAUAAGGAUUAAUAAAGUUCAAUUACAUAAAGAUAAAUACUACUACAUUAGUCUAUACUUUAUAUGUAUAUGAUGACAACUUCAUUUAUAAACUGGAGAGUAAACUUGAAUAUGCAAUACUGUUUAUAAUGCUUUAUUAUUUAUACACUUUGAUUUUUUUAUUGUACAUGAUGUUAAUAAAUUAGUAUUUACAUUA